AUGGAUAUCAUUCUCGAAGUCUGGGACACCUUCAUCGGUGAUCGCCUGUACUCCUCCCUCCUCCCCGCCUCCCUGUCAACCUCCGUCUCUUUUCCGACCUUUGUCAAUGCUGCCGCCAACACCUCGCUCGCUCUGUUUGGCGCCAACGAGCCGUUCGUCUACGAGCCUGCCACGCAGUUGAUUCACUUGGAGCCGUCCAAGUAUGCCUACCUCAGUGCGUGGCCGCGCAAUAACAUCUAUCGCCAGUUCACCAGUUUUUUUCUGAUAACAUGGAUCUUUGGUCUUCUCGUCUACUUCAUUGUCGCCAGUCUUUCGUACGUCUUCAUCUGGGACAAGACUACAUACAACCACCCCAAGUUCCUUCGAAACCAGAUCGCGUUGGAGAUCAAGCAGGCCAUGGGCGCCAUGCCCCCAAUGGCUCUCCUGACUGCUCCCUUCUUCGUCUUGGAAGUACGCGGAUUCGCCAAGCUGUACGACACCGUGGCUGAGGAGCCUUUCCCCUACUACAGCAUUCUGCAGUUCCCGCUCUUCAUCUGCUUCACCGAUUUCUUCAUCUACUGGAUUCACCGAGGCCUGCAUCACCCGCGCGUCUACAAGGCUCUUCACAAGCCGCACCACAAGUGGAUCAUGCCGAGCCCUUACGCGUCGCACGCUUUCCACCCUCUGGAUGGCUGGUCUCAGAGUGUACCGUACCACGUUUUCCCGUUCAUCUUCCCUCUGCAGAAGAUAGCCUACGUUUUCCUAUUCGGCUUCAUCAACCUGUGGACCGUCUUCAUCCACGAUGGCGAGUAUGUCGCAAACAGCCCCGUGGUCAACGGAGCCGCUUGCCACACCAUGCACCACUUGUAUUUCAACUACAACUACGGCCAGUUCACCACUCUGUGGGACCGUAUGGGUGGUAGCUACCGCAAGCCCAACGAGGAACUCUUCCGCCGGGAGACCAAGAUGGGCGAGAAGGAAUGGAAGCGUCAGGCCAAGGAGAUGGAGUCUAUUCUCAAGGACGUGGAAGGCGAGGAUGACCGCAGCUACUCUACCGUCGACAAGAAGACUCUUUAA